CUUGCUACAGUAUUUCAUAGCGGUGCGGUGGGAUUGAGUGGCAAGGUUAAAAAAUUCCAUAAGCCGUCGUCAAAUCACCUUCCUCUGCCGUUCAACACCGCGAGAUGGUUUGGGGCUUAUUUCCCGUAGACCCACUUCCAGGUGAAAAUGAAUACUAUAUUUUCAGAAAGGGGACAUACAAAGCCGGCCGAAAAGGAUGUGAUGUAAUCAUCAACAAAGAUAAAGGAGUUUCGAGGGUCCAUGCUGAAAUUAUUGUAAAUGAAAUGGUUCACAUGGAUCAUUUAGAAAAUAGAAAUUCAAAUAAUAACUCUGAAGUUCAGAUUAGAGACUGUUCGAAGUAUGGAACCUUCAUCAACAGAUAUCGGGGUACCAAGGAAAAAGUUCAUGAAUUUCCGAAUAAAGAAGCAACACUGGAGGAUGGGGAUGUGGUUGCGUUUGGGACUGGAAAUGCACGAUAUAGGUUUUCCUAUGUUCCCCUUGUGCUUUGCGCGCCGUCAUCCAAGCCUUCAGAGAUGAAUCAACUUCAAACCAAGAUGUCGAUGAUUGGUGCCAGUGUCACUCAAGCUUGGACUUCUAGAUGCACACAUAUGGUUAUUGAUGACUUCACCCCUAUCAAUGAUGAGAUUAUCAAUUCGAUCGUGGCUAGAAAACCGCUUGUCCGACUCUGUUGGAUAGAGUUAAUUGCAGGAAAGACAUUUUGCACUGAGAUUCCCAGCUCUCUCUCGCAUGCUCCCACCUUGUUACUGGAAGGCGCAUCUCUCAAAGUCGCUGACCCACAAUCUCGAGAGCAGUGUUUGAAAGGAUACACUUUUAUGCUAGACUCCACGCACAAGUAUAAGUUUAAGGAGAAGUUGCGUUUGCUAUUGGAUGCUGGUGGUGCAAAUGUUGUUUAUGUAGAAACUUCAGACCAAUGCAGCCAGAAUACCAGAGACAAUCUGGUGUGCGUGAUGCCAGCUGGAAUGACAAGCAGUAGCGGAAAUUUUAAAAGAUUCAACGCUCUGCCUACUGUGAAUGAGAUGGAAUUGAUUUCAGCUGUUGUUUCUGGACAUCUAGAUCCUUCUGUUAUGGCAUCGGCACCUGUGCUGGUCACAUCUUCAUGCUCCACAGAUGAGACAGUGGUUGCAGAUUCUGAUGUAGAAACGGAAACUGCCACAUCAGUCCGUACAUCCGCCGCAGUUAAUUUGCUAUCUUCUGCUGAAGAUGAAUGCGAAACAAAGAUUGGGAUCCACGAGACAGAACCUCUCGAAAAAGACUGCAAAGCAGAAAGUUUUGUCCAUGUGAUAGAAUCUACCGAACACGACAGUGUAGCAAAUCAAGAGGCUGGAGCAACUGAACAUGGGAGCCAAGGAUUCUUACCUCCUAAACCGGAAACCCUUAAACAUGACAGUCCUUAUUGGUGUGCUACAUCAAGGGAUAGAGACAAAGGUAUCAUGACGAGGAAAGAUGAGGGGCAUCUAUCAGAUAGUGAGAAUCCCAAUAUAAUAUUCAGCCAGUCUCUAAUUGUUCGAGAGUCUAACUCAACACAAUUUGAUCAUUCUUCAAGAAAUGGUCCAGUUGCAAACUUCAAACGUUUCAGGAAGAUGAGUGCUCCAUCGGGGAACAGCUUCAGCAACCUUAUUCCGUUUUCACAGUAUCCAUACAAAGAUUCUGACUUUGGAAAUGAAGAUGUAGCUGAGUCCAUUAAAGAGGAGAAAAAACGCAAGCAGAUGGAGGCUAUUGCAGAUGACUUAUUUAACAAUGAAAAGGUUUGCAUCGUGUAUGCUGUGUUCGAAAAACUCAUUAGCAUUAAAGAAACAUAAUAUUCACCACUAUGGUUAUGCAAUUCAGGGAAAACGGCGUGCGUCUGCUACCCUUCCUUCGCUCUUUGCUCGUGGUUAAUCGAGAGGUAUGAACCCUGCUGCAAUUGUGAAUGUGUACAGCAAUACAUAAUUUUGGUUGAUCCAUGUCCGAAGAGCUCUCUUGUUUCUUGUAAAAUUUUGAGUUGACGUAAAAUGCUAAUCGAUCUUCACACUGUUAUCUGAAAUUGGGAGUCUUCACUAUAAUUAAUUUUAGUUUUUCUUCUGUGUGA